CACUGCAGAGUCAUCUUUGAAAGUCUGGUAUGGGACUAUCACAGGCAUGGAACCAGUGUUUAAAAGAUAGAAUUUUCAAAUCAUCCAAAUCCAACACUUGAAUUAAUAGAUUCAGAAGUGGUAACAGAAAGAAAGAAAAGGUCUUGAUUUGUGAUUAUUCUCUUGGAUUCCAGGAAACACUAAUACUUUGGACUUACUUAUCAUUCCUUAAUUUGGAAAAAAUUCACAGAUACAAUAUCUGACCCGUACAUUCACAGAAGUAGAAAAACAGGUAACAGAUAUGAAGGCAUUUGCAAGAUCUUCUAGGAAGCUUGUCUCCCUGUUCUGAAAUCUGAGUUUUGCUAUAAGAAUAUGAAUAAUGAACAUGGGAAAAUGCUGUAACUUUUUCUCCUAAGAAGCAAUUUUUACUGGUUACAGAACAUAAAGGAAUUUGUUUUCUACCCUCCAGAAAAGCUCAUCCCAUUAGAGAGACAUGUCAAAUAAAUUUCAUGCUCCUCUUUUACACAGAUAAAUAAGAACACAAGGGUUAAACAAGUGAGAAUCCCCAAUCCCCUUCCACCUCUCAUACAGAGCCAUUUUCUGCUGGGAAACAAAAAAUUAUUCUCUCCUGGAACUGAAUCAGAAGGCAGAUCCAUCAGUCAGUAGCCAACAUAUGAUUCAACUCAGCUUUUCAGUAUGUUAAAAAGUCCAAAAGCCACCAAAAAAGGGUUUAUGAAUGAGAGGGCUGCCUACUUCGAACUCUUCUGAAAUGCCUGCUGAGCACUCCUGUGAAUCAUGCCUGCUGCAAAAGAAGCACCUCUGAGUUAAGAAAGCAGGGACUUUUGGUGACAGCUGGCAAGCAGACACUCCCUCUAUUGAGGGACAGCUUUCAUUCAACUAAAAGAACAGAUUUGGAAACAUGCAUUUACAAAUAUCCUUACUGCUGCUGUUUUGUCUGAACAUUGUCCAUGGUAGUGAUGGAUAUUUUUCUGAGCGAUAUCAGAAACAAUCCAGCAUCAAGGGCCCACAUUUUCUACCAUUCAAUGUAAAGAGUCAAGGUAUGCAGAUAAGGGGUGAACAAGGACCCCCUGGUCCCCCAGGCCCUAUUGGACCAAGAGGACAACCAGGUCCUGUGGGAAAGCCAGGGUUUGGAAGUCCUGGUCCCCAAGGACCCCCUGGUCCCCCAGGACCACCUGGAUUCUCUGCAGUUGGAAAGCCAGGCAUGCCAGGUCUACCAGGAAAGCCAGGAGACAGAGGACUAAAUGGUGAGAAAGGAGAAGCUGGACCUGUUGGGCUCCCAGGAGCAAGAGGGCCACAAGGACCCCCCGGCACUCCUGGCCCUGCGGGACUGUCUGUUCCUGGCAAGCAAGGACCACAAGGCCCUCCGGGAGCUCAAGGGCCGAGGGGCCUCCCCGGCGAGAAGGGAGAGCCAGGUAUCCCUGGAAUAAAUGGACAAAAGGGAGAAAAUGGAUUCGGCGUUCCAGGUCGCCCGGGUAACAGGGGUCUUCCAGGCCCACAGGGACCCCGGGGCCUCCCGGGUCCUGCUGGGGUAGGGAAGCCUGGUGAAAACGGUCUUCCAGGUCAGCCAGGUAUGAAAGGUGACAGAGGCUUACCAGGUGCACCCGGAGCGGCCGGUAUCCCCGGUCCCCAAGGUCCCCCAGGAGAACCUGGAGAAGCUGGCAUUGGCAAGCCUGGGCCAAUGGGACCACCAGGAGCAGCAGGCAUCCCUGGAGCCAAGGGACACCCCGGACCGGCAGGCUUGCCCGGAUCCCCGGGUCUUCCAGGAUUUGGAAAGCCAGGAUUGCCGGGGAUGAAGGGACACAGAGGCCCUGAAGGUCCUCCUGGCCUUCCAGGACCUAAAGGAGACCAAGGCCCGGCUGGUGUGCCAGGAGAACCAGGGCCUGCCGGACCACCAGGGAACAUGGGCCCUCAAGGACUCAAAGGCUUGCCUGGUGAGAACGGCCUGCCCGGGCCCAAAGGCGACACGGGCCCUGUGGGCCCCCCGGGCUUCCCAGGGGCCAAGGGCGAACGGGGUCUACCAGGGCUAGAGGGAAAACGAGGAUACCCAGGUGAGCAGGGUCUUGCUGGUCCUAAGGGACACCCAGGUUUCCCAGGUCCAAAAGGCGACGCUGGCCACGCUGGGCUACCUGGCUUGCCCGGUCCAAUGGGUCCCCAGGGAGUUAAGGGAGUGCCAGGGAUCAAUGGCGAGCCGGGCCCCAGAGGGCCUUCGGGAAUACCCGGGAUCAGAGGCCCCAUUGGCCCCCCUGGCCUGCCAGGAGCCCCUGGAGUGAAAGGUGAGCCCGGAGCACCAGGACUGCCGGGCCCUGCAGGUAUUUCUACAAAAGGCUUAACCGGACCCAUGGGACCACCUGGACCCCCCGGCCCUAAAGGCAACAAUGGAGAGCCUGGCUUGCCAGGCCCGCCAGGUCCUCCUGGUCCCCCUGGCCAAGCCGUAAUCCCACAGAUGCCUGAAAGCUAUGUUAAAGCAGGAGAGUCUCGGGAGCUAUCAGGAAUGUCCUUUGUGAAAGGAGGAGUAAACCAAGCUCUUACAGGGAUGCCAGUGUCUGCUUUCAGUGUCAUCCUCUCAAAAGCCUACCCUGGGGCAACAGUCCCCAUCAAAUUUGAUAAAAUCUUGUACAACAGGCAGCAACACUAUGACCCCAGAACAGGAAUCUUCACCUGCAGGAUCCCUGGACUGUACUAUUUCUCCUACCACGUACAUGCAAAAGGAACAAAUGUUUGGGUUGCGCUCUACAAAAAUGGUUCCCCGCUCAUGUACACCUAUGAUGAGUACAAGAAAGGAUACCUUGACCAGGCUUCUGGCAGUGCUGUCAUCGAUCUCAUGGAGAACGAUCAAGUGUGGCUCCAACUGCCCAAUUCAGAAUCUAAUGGUCUCUAUUCCUCUGACUACGUUCACUCUUCUUUCUCAGGUUUCCUAUUUGCUCAUAACUAACAUCAUCCCACUUACACUCUCCUGACACUCUCUCCUUCAGACCGUUUUAAUUGGGCGCUGAUCUGAUUCGUCAUUAGCAGGUCAUGCAACUUCAAUUUUGCAACAGAAAUGGAGGAGGGAGUGAGAAAGUGGAAGAGAUUGGUUCAAACCUAGUAGAAUAACAUUGUAUGUUUUUAGAGAAUUGUCGCAAGAAAUUUUUUUCAAAUGAUGAUCAAUUGUCUGACUGAA